AUAGACAGAGAGAACAGAGGCAGCCCUGAGCAUCGGCAGCAGCAGUAGCAGCCAGGCAGGCAGAGCAUCACUGGGACAAGCAGCCACUGCAUGAGGAGCUGCAAAGGGGGAGGUGGUGGAGAGGAAGGGGAAAUGCAGAUCUCACCACAGUCAGUUUAAGCUGAACCCUGUCAGCAGAUGUUUCUCUAAUAGCAGAGAUCUGCAUCUCCUGGAUUGUCACUGGGGCACAAGCAGCUGCACAAGGAACCCGAGCAGAGCACGAGUAGCCCCCGGUCUUGCUGAAGACCCUCAUUCCAUGAAUGGCAUUGGCUGGCACGGUGAGACCCGUUGUUUUGCUGCAGCAGUGAGACUGCUCCCUCCAGCUGAGGAUCUGUCUAUUCUCUGAUCAUUCUUAUAUCUGGCCAAGGGGAUUAUCCGCAACAGGGGGGGUUUGUCCUACAUCUGGCAAGCAAUUCCCUUGCUGACAUCUCACGUGGGAUCUGUUACACCCCUGUGGAACUUUUGGGGUGCACUUUUGAGGCCAGAAGUCCUGAUCCAACAUAAAUGGUGGAUGCGAUAGUGGAAUUUGAUUACAAAGCUCAGCAUGACGACGAGCUGACUAUAACAGCAGGUGACAUCAUCACCAAAAUCAAGAAGGAAGAUGGUGGUUGGUGGGAAGGGGAGCUGAAAGGAAGAAGAGGUCUAUUUCCUGACAACUUUGUAAGAGUUCCUCCAACUGCUACGGGGCCCAAGGGCAACAUAAGCACAAUAAAGAUGGAUCCCCGGAUGCCCUCCAGCUCUCACCCUUUCAACCUAAAGGAACUGAAAAAGGAUACCAAAAAAGAUCAAAAUAGUAAACCUCCAGACAGGCCUACCCAGGGAAUUUCCAAUGGGAAUGCCAUGCUCUCAAGUGAAGCUGUUAUCAGAAGUGCUGGCAGAGGUGAAAGGACAAGACGGCGAAGAUGUCAGGUGGCCUUUAGUUACAUGCCCCAGAAUGAAGAUGAACUUGAACUUAAAGUCGGUGAAUUUAUUGAAGUUCUUGGCGAAGUGGAGGAGGGCUGGUGGGAAGGUGUUCUUAAUGGGAGGACCGGCAUGUUUCCUUCCAAUUUCAUCAAGGAAAUUGUAACCGAAACAGAAAUCGGUGGUAAUUAUGAGCAACAGAUACAAACAGCAGGGUUCAGAGAUACUACUGGCUCGGAAAGUGAUGGCGGCGACUCCAAAUCAGAAGGGACCAACGGUACAAGUGGGACAGAAACACAGCCGAAAAAAAUCAGGGGAUUUGGCUUCGGGGACAUUUUCAAAGACAAACCAAUUAAACUCAGACCAAGGUCAAUAGAAAUGGAAAAUGAAAUUGUGCCAAUAGAAAAGGCAAUGGGGAAGAAAAUGCCACCCACUGUGACUUCACAGGAUACGAUGAAAAUAGAGACAGAGAGCAAAACAAAACCCAGGGAAUACUGCAAGGUUCUGUUUCCAUAUGAAGCAAUGAAUGAAGAUGAACUGGCAAUCAGAGAGGGUGAUAUUGUUACUGUAUUAAACAAGGAAUGUGUUGAUGUCGGCUGGUGGGAAGGAGAAAUUAAUGGCAAAAAGGGUGUUUUUCCAGACAACUUUGUCAAGCUCCUCCCUCCUGACUUUGAAAAGGAGCUCCAUAGACCGAAGAAGCCUCCUCCUCCAUCAGCUCCCGUCGCCAAAUCAGGCACAAGUGGAGGAGGAAAAAGUAUUCAGAUUACCAGUACACAUAAAAAUUCCCGGCAUAAUGGACUCCUGUUUAUCUGUAAGAUAGAGACAAACACAGCCAACGGUACUUCAGAGAGAAAACAGGACAUCAGGAAAAUACCCCCAGAGAGACCAGACACACUGCCACAGAGGCCAGACGAGAAGGAAAGGAGCGAUAGAGAUCACAAAGUGGCAGAUCCAGUGAAGCACUCGGUACCCUCUAUACCUCCAAAGAAGCCUCGUCCUCCUAAGACUAACUCUUUAAAUAGACCUGGAACACUGCCCCCACGAAGACCAGAAAGACCUUCAGGUCCUGUAACGCACGUAAGGAGUGAAAGUCCAAAGUCAGAGGUGGGAAUCAAUUCAGUGUCCAGUACCCCUGAAAGAGACCCCUCCAGUAAAAGCAAUGACAUCGAUGUAGAAGGUUUUGAUUCAGUUGUGACAGUGGGAGAAAAACUAAGUCAUCCGACUGCAUCAAGACCUAAAUCCAGUGGGCGACGUCCUCCAUCCCAGUCACUGACAUCAUCUUCCCUAUCUAGUCCAGAUAUCUUUGAUUCCCCAAGCCCAGAGGAAGAGAAGGAUGAACUAGCCUUGGCACAGAGAGCAGUAGAGGCUUCCAAGAAAACAACAAGAUCUGCACCAACAUCACAAAUGCCAGAUAACAGAACAGUUUUACCACCCAAGCCAGGAGGCUUGAUUUCCAGUGUCGGUUUUUCUCACGGGGCAUCCGGAGCACCAUCAGCAUUCCAUACCGUUGCCGCUGGCAGCCACAGGUCGAACUCUCCAUCCUUCUCUAGUGCAGAAACAAGACAGAAAGCUGAUCACAGUCAGUCACCAUUAGAAGAGUUACAGUCACAGGUCAAAGAGCUGAGAUCUAUCAUUGAAACAAUGAAAGACCAACAGAAAAAGGAGAUCAAACAAUUACUUUCUGAACUAGACGAAGAGAAAAAGAUACGACUCAGAUUACAGAUGGACGUCAAUGAAAUCAAGAAAUCUCUGCAAUCCAAGUAAGGCAGUGAACAUAGAGAAGGUUUCCUUGUAUCCGCUGCAAGUCCUCCAAUGAAACUCUUCCUAACCCAUCAGCCAACAGAACUUGGUGCCAAAUGUUUUCAGAUUUUGCCUCAUACAAGCGGAAAGCACAACAGCAGCUCCACCUAUCAGAGACUCCUUUGUGAUAUUUCCUCCUUAACCGCUCGGGUGCCAGAGGGAACUGCAUGGUAUUGCUCCCCGUCUGUCUGCUGCUCCGGGGGAGAGACAAAACUGCAAAUGAAUAAACUCAGGCAGGGCUCUUCAGAGUGGUACUUUUUACUGAUGAUAUUUUUUUCCAUGAAUAAAAUGUAUUUCUAAU